GAGAAAGGUAAGGAGAAGGAGGAGGCUGGCGAUGGCGGUGGGGAGGGAGCGAAGGAGAGUUCUGCUACUGCCGGCGCUGCUGCCGCUGCGGUAAAGGGAGAGUAAUGCACCGCUGGAUGGGCAAGGAGGAAGUAUAUCAUGAAGUAAACCGUCUAUACCCAUCGUACAAACGGGAGAGAGCGUCUCAUCGGCAUCGUUGGUUUGCAUUUCACAUCACUGGGCGGAUGUUUUUGGCGUUAUUUGUUAUUUGUUUUUUUCUUUCUUUGCCUCUUUCUAAUCAGCUCGCCAUAGGAGAUACUAUGGAUAAGUCGGCUCAGGCCCGAUUUGAAAAUUGUGGGAUGUAUCAUUUUCAGUACUGUUUAUUGAUGUAAGUUGUUAUAAGUUGUUACAAGUCACUUUAUCCCCGGCAUUGAGAGACCGGCCUUGAAUAGUAAGAGAACAAUUUUCGUGGUAUUGCUCUUCAGAUGAUAGCAUCGGUGUACAGCUAUGAAGCAUGUUGGGGUCUCAACUUGAUAUUUUAUCUGUUGGGUAUGAAGGCGUCAAUCAACCGCUUUUAGAGAUAUAUUGAUCUACAUAUACAUUGGGAUUUAAAAAGUUGGUGAAUGCAAGAUAGAUGCUUUAGUGAGCGUUCCAGAUUUGUGGGUUGCUCCUUCCGUUUUUUUUACAGGCGUCUCUACUCAGGUAAAUUGACCCUGAACUCUUUGAUGCUGUACUUCUGCUCAACUUCAUAUUCCCCGGUCCGCCUACAAGUACUGCCCGUGAAGUCUACCUUUGAGACUUUAAAUACGACCUCGAAAUGGAGAACAACAGUGGCGAGCAAUAUUUCUUUGGCAAUCAAGGGGAAAUGGCCAUCUUUCAAGGCGAGAUGUAUGGCAACCCCGAAAUGGAGAACAACAGCGGCGAGCAAGAUCUCAUUGUCAAUCAAGGGGAAGUGGCCGCCCCCCAAGGCGAAACGUAUGGGCCUGGUUUCGCUCAUGGAGAUAAUGCCCAACCCGGUGAAAAUGACCAAGCCCCUAUUGAAACAGGCAGCGGCAGCAUCGGAAUUCAUGGCCCAAUCCCAGCAACGACAUUCAGGUCAAGAAAGCGUCUCACGGUUGCUUUCGGGUUCUCUGACGGCGAAGCCUUGGACAUCUGGAUGAAGAGUGAAGCGUUUUGGCCAUACUACUCUGGCCUGGAAGAGAACCUCGACAUAAUUGGCGGCGAUGGUAGCGUAUUCCCCAAGAUAACGCCACGAUUCGUCACGGUCAUAGUGGCCAUAGCCAUGGAGGAGGAGCAGGGAGCCAGGAGAUACUCUCAGUUUCAUGAUAUUGGAAAGUUCAUCCCCCUCGACUUGUACGCCGUAUUCCUUUUUCAUGCCGUGGAACACAACUUGUUUACUCCGACAGGAGCUUUCUUUGGGAAGAAUAUGACGCUCGAGGACAUGCAGGUCCGGACGUGGCAAGCGAUGCUACGGGCAAGGCGUGAUAAUUACGAUCUUAGACGUCGCGCAUAACAGUUCACUGCGAGGCGAGCAGCAGUAUAGUGACGGAGGCGGCAGAAUCGAAGGAGAGUUGACGAGCACGGGUCAUGCGGUGAUAAGGGGCUACGACGAUGGAAAGAGG